UUGGACGAAAUAAUAAAAUUUCUUGAUGAAAGGGGUGAUGAUUAUCAGCAAUUGCAUGAUUUAGACUGGCAAUGUGAUUUAGCUAUUUUGGCAGAUUUUACUGGAAAACUGAGUACAUUAAAUCUGAAUCUACAAGGCAAGAAUAAAACAUUAACAGAAAUGAUGAGUUCCAUUGCAUCGUUUCAAUGUCAAAUAUCGUCUAUGAUAGUUGACAUAGAGAAGAAAAAAUUUGAACAAUUUGUUAACAUCAAGGAUCAUAUGGAAAAACAUCCUAACUACAAUUUCAUUUCCAAGAAAUAUAUGACAGAAAUUAGAGCAGUGGUAGCAGACUUCGAAAUUCGCUUUGGUGAUUUCAGAAAAAUUGAGAACUUGGUUCAAUUCAUCAGUUAUCCGUUCAAUGAUUCCAUUGAUCAUAGUGAUAUCUAUGAAUUGGCUACAAAAUUUGCAGAUACAUUUCAAAUGGAGCACAUGAUGUUACAAAACGAAAUUAUUACUCUGCGCUGCGACAUAUUUCUUAAAGCAAAGUCAUCCUCAGGUCAAAAUUUCUGGGCAUUGGUUUCUAAAGAAAAAUAUCCAAAUUUGAAGAAUUUGGAUAUUUUUCAAGGUUCAACAUAUUUAUGUGAAUCAGCAUUUUCCUACUUAAAGCAAACAAAAAGUAAACACCGUUCUCGCUUGACAGACGCUCAUACAUUGGAUUCUUUAAGGUUGGCAAUCUCCAACUACAAACCUGAUUAUGCUAAACUAGUGGAAGAUACUCAGAUGCAAUGCUCACACUAA